AAUUAGUUCAAAAUUAUUUUUCGUCGAUUGCAAAUCCACAUUCUGUAAUUGUUAUCAAUUAAAUCAAAUAAUACAAAAAGUGUUAUAUAUUGAGAAGAAGCAGAAAAGCACUAAGCAAUCUUCGAACAACCUCAAGAUGAAUACAUGAUAUCGUUGUUGGCUGCAUUGCUUAUUUCAUUGUCAAAAUUUGCGAGCGCAUGCGGUUUAACCAUAAAUAUGGCGAGUCGAGGUGGUUAUGAUGAUCGCGACAAUAGAGAUUUCCAUUCUGGAGGGCGAAGGGGCACCCGAAAGCCAUUUCCCACUGAGCCCCCUUUCACAGCUUACGUUGGUAACCUACCUAAUGGCUUCAUCCAAGGAGAUGUCGACAAAAUAUUCCCAAAUCAAACUAUCAAAAAUAUAAGAUUGGUUAUGGAUAAAGAGACGGACAAAUUUAAAGGAUUCUGCUAUGUCGAAUUCGACACCCUUCAGGAUUUAGAAGAGGCAGUUGCACUGAACGGACUUAUUGAUGUAGAGGGUACAACAAUAAAAAUUGAUGUUGCAGAGGGGAAACGUAAUGAAAGGGGAGGAGGAGGAUUUGAUAGAAACAGAGGCAGAGGUGGUGGAGGAGGUGGUGGUUUCAGAGGUGGAAGAUCUGGUGGAGAUCAUCGCUAUGGUAGCAACGACGAUUUCGAAAGGGGAAAUAGAAGAGGUGGAGGCGCUGGUCAUUUCAAUGAUCGCGACAGAGGUGGUCAUCGUGGCAACUAUGGUAAUUUUACUCCGGCCGACGAUGGCGGCAACGCCCCCAACCGCGAUUGGAAUCAGAGGGGAGGCGGAAUGGGCGGGCCCAACCGCAACAACUCAAAUUUCAACAGCGGUCCUCCUAGGCGCGGUAAUGUCAAUGACGAAAUUCCAAAUUCCGCUCCAGAUACAUCAGGAAGACCAAAGUUAAAACUCAAACCCAGGACUGUAAAGGAUCCAGUUAAUGCAAUUGCUGAGACCUCACAGUCCUCCACCAUUUUUGGGGGGGCACGACCGAGAGAGGAAAAACCGGAAAAAAAUUAACUUUAAACUUAGAUUUUCUGAUAAAUAUUUACAUUUUUCGAAUGUAAUUUGAAAAUUGGAAUUAAAUGAGAAAUUUAUACUAUUAAAUAUAAUAUAUAUAUGAAUGUAUGUACAUACAUAUAUAUUUGAUUUUUUUUUUCUAGCUAGAGAUCAUUUGUUUAUAUUUUGUAUUUGACUAUUAAUUUGAAAUAUUGUUGAUGUUUUUCAUUUUCCGGAAAAGUGUCGUGAAAAUUUUAUAAUUAUAAGAAUCAUUUUUAUCUUUGGCGAGUUUUUAUCGCUUGCUUGUUUUCCUCUUUUAAUUAUUUUCCUAUAUCUGUUUUUACAAAACAUACAUGUUACUUUCGUGCCCUAUCUGUUUUCUCACAUUUCAUAACAGCAAUAAAAGUUUUAUUCUCUAGUUGAAAGAAAAUGAUUUGGGUGUUGUAUGUUUUGAAAAGGCAUUCUCAACUCUCUCUUUAAUAGUAAUCAGUUUACGAAAAUAUUUAUUGAAUUUCAAUUAAGCAUUGUAGAAAUGGUACAUUAAUGUUAACGUAUUUCUCUUGAAAACUUACCAAAUUUUUACAAUGCUUCUAAAAGGAUUUACACAUAUUGUGUAUGAAAUCUAUGGAUGAAUAUAUUAAUAAAAUAUAAUUCAAAUGA